AUGGACCCGUUUAGUAUCACAGCCGGCGUCGUCGGCAUCCUCGGACCAACGCUGCACUGUGUUCGGCUCUUGGUAAAGGACCUACAAAACAUUGUCGACGCGCCUGAUGCCGUUACGGUGCUUACCAACGAUCUGCAAUCAGUGGGCCUUGCUCUCGCUUCGGUGCAGGCAGUUACGGACUCGCAAUGGAAAUUGCUGGGCGAGGCCGUUACUGUCCAGUCGAGAGCUACGAUAACUUCCUGCAGAACUUCCUGCGAAAGGUUCAAGACCUCUCUCGGUCGCUGGACCCGGCAUAGCACGGAUGGAACGCUCUCCUGGCGAGACCGCGCAACCCUGGGCGUCUUUAGACAGGGCCACAUCAAAUCCAUGUCGGAGCAGCUUCAGAACUGCAACAUCACGCUGACUUCUAUAGCGAGCAUUGCAACCUUGUAUACACAGCUCCCUCCAGCAGACGCAAGCGGCCGAAGAGAUCAAGAUGAUGAUAUCAACGAAGGAGACGGCGGUUAA